GGCAGUUUGGACAUGGCAGUGAGAGCGGCUCAGGGGGGACACGGGCCGCACCGCACUCACAGCACGGGGCCGCACCGCGCUCACACACCGGCCUGAGGCUCCCUGUGUGCAGCCUGCCCCUGGAGUAUCCCACCGGACCCCUGGCACAGCUCCUGGCCCGGCAUGAAGAGCCCACGGGUGAGUGCCCACUCAGAGAGCCUGAGUAAAGACGCCUGACUGGUUCUUGUCAAAUGGAGAACUAUUUUGAAGAAGAAUCAUGCAACCUGGAUAAAGUAUUGGAUGAGUUUGAAAAGAAUGAAGAUGAGACUGUUUCUCCAAGGCUGUUGGAAGCUAAAUGGAAUCAGAUCCUAAAUCCCCCUUCACACCGACUGGCUGACAACCCAGUGCUUGACAAUGUUAGCAAAUCAAUCAUUGCCAUUGAGGCUCAACUAAAAGACCGGUCAACAAGCCUGUCAUCUCCUCCAAAGUCCUUAUGUGAAAAUGGAGAGAUCAUAUGUGUGGCCCAAUACAUGCCCACCAUGGUGACUGGAGACUCCAGCAUGGAAGAGAGCAAACUGAUUGAUCAAAGUGGUCAGCCUGAAAUUGUGUCCGGCACCCCUGCUGUGCACAACAGCGUGGAAUCAGACUUUGCCGAUGUUACGCAAAAUAUGGACUUUAACAAGAAUGUUCUACUGGGAGAUGGUCUGUCCCCUUGUAACAGUCCUACAAAUCAGUCUCACAUGGACACACUGUGUUUUUCUCUAGACAAUGAGAAGCCCACCCACAAUCAGUUAGUUGGCAAAAAUAACAACCAACAACCAAAAGACUCAGAUACUCACUAUCUGGCAUACAUUAAUGCCACUGCUAAUUCUGAAACCAGUACUUGUUCCACUGCACAAACACAGAAUAGUGUUAACACAAGUACAAAUGUGGCUCUCAGUAUUGCACACAGUGUUAAAGAGUUGAAAAUAACACAGGAACCAGUUGAAUCCUCAAUGUCGCCUACACAAGACUUUUCCUCGUCCAGCAUCAAUAUUCUCUAUUCAGAGAAUAACACAAAGGAAUCAUAUUUUCAGUUAGAAAAUCCAAAUCUUAUUAUCAAGGGUACUAUGGAGGAAGUUAGCAUCAAGCAGCAGGAGAAACUGUCUCUCACUUUACAUGAAGCCAAACAAUCUAAUAGCAAAUUGGAAAGGGAGCCCUUUUCUGCUGAUGUUGAACCUGUUUCAGAUGAAGAGGUUGUGCAAAACAAUUUAAUCUGUGAGAGGAAGCAUUUCACAGAACCAUAUGAGAUUAAUGGGAGCUACCACAAGACUAACAAUAUAGAGACCGAAGAAAAAAAUCACAGUUGUCCCAUCCGUGGACAACAUAAAGAAAUAGUGAAUGCUAAUGUCUUUUUAGAAGACCCUUGUAUAGAUGAAUCGGAGGUGACUUUAGUCUCGGAGGCUGUCGGACCUGAUGUCUUGAUGUCUCUGAACAAUGGGUGUGAUUCCUAUGGAAUACAAAACCCCUCUGUAGCUCAUAACCCAAAGAGUUUACCAUCAAAAGAAGAUUCUGUUACUGAAGAGAAAGAGAUUGAGGAGUGCAAAUCAGAAUAUUAUUCCAGUGUUUACGAACCGCAGAGAGACGAGGAGGUCGUGGAAGCCGGAGUGCUUGUGCUAAAUGCCAAUGGUGACCAAAUGAAAAACCACUUGCACAGCUUGUGCGGUCAGGGUCAACCUGUGCAUGGGCAAACCUCACCAAAAAAGGCCAACAGCUUGCAACCUGUUAGUAUCCCCUUUGGUGGAGCUCGCCCCAAACAACCAACUCACUUGAAGCUGCAAAUCCCAAAGCCAUUGUCUGAAAUGUUACAGAGUGACCUAGUUCCACCUAAUGCGGGCUGCAGCUCAAAGAAUAAAAAUGACAUGUUAAACAAGUCAAAUCAAGGUGACAACCUGGCUUCAGAAGCCUUUCGUGAGGAAGCUGCACUGCGCAGCCCAGUUACUGAUAGUAAUGGUGAACUGGGAGAUUAUAGGGGCCCUUGCAGCCCGUGCCUUGCUGUGUCCGCAGACAGUCCAGACAAUGAUCUCCUUGCUGGGCAGUUUGGGAAUCCUGUCUGUAAGCCAUUUACUACCCUAGGAGAGGUGGCUCCUGUGUGGGUCCCAGAUUCUCAAGCACCGAACUGCAUGAAGUGUGAGUCCAGGUUUACGUUUACCAAAAGGAGACACCAUUGCAGAGCAUGUGGAAAGGUGUUCUGUGCUACCUGCUGUAGCCUCAAAUGCAAACUCCUUUACAUGGAUAAGAAGGAAGCCCGUGUAUGUGUCACCUGUCAUUCUGUACUCAUCAAUGGACAAGGACAUUUGAAAGCGGUCCCAGAUUUUAUGCCAAAGGUAGUCCCACACGACAGCAGUAAAAUCCUGGAGCCUGUUCGGCAUGCGCAAGCUUGGGAAAACAUGCUAAGUGCGUCCGUUCAGAACCCAAACCCCAACAAUCCCUCUGAAUACUGCUCCACCAUCCCACCCAUGCAGCAAGCACAGGCCUCUGGUGCCCUCAGCUCACCCCCUCCAACGGUCAUGGUACCUGUGGGAGUGUUAAAGCACCCGGGAGCCGAAGUGUCUCAGUCCAGGGAGCAGCGUAGGGUAUGGUUUGCCGAUGGAAUCUUGCCAAACGGAGAAGCUGCUGAUGCGGAGAAAGCCACAGGAUCCCCAGCAGUAGGGACCUUAACGGUAGCCCAUGACGCCAACAAGUCUACACCUAGUAACUCUCCACCUUCUGAGGGUGAGAGCACCUCCGGUUUCUGCGGCAGCAUAACUCAGGUUGGAAGUGCAAUGAACCUUAUACCAGAGGAUGGUCUUCCCCCCAUCUUGAUCUCCACAGGUGUGAAAGGAGAUUACGCAGUGGAGGAACGUCCCUCCCAGAUGUCAGUCAUGCAGCAGUUGGAAGAUGGGGGUCCUGAUCCACUCGUGUUUGUCCUUAAUGCAAAUCUUUUGGCAAUGGUGAAGAUUGUCAACUAUGUUAACAGGAAGUGCUGGUGUUUCACCACCAAGGGGAUGCAUGCUGUGGGCCAGGCUGAAAUCGUCAUCUUGCUGCAGUGCCUACCCGAUGAGAAAUGCAUGCCCAGGGAUCUGUUCUGUCACUUUGUGGAACUUUAUCGAGAAGGUCUAGCAGGGAAUGUGGUGGGCAACCUGGGCCACUCAUUCUUGAGCCAGAAUUUCCUGGGCAGCAAGGAACAUGGUGGAUUCUUGUAUGUCACCCCCACCUACCAGUCCCUCCAGGACCUGGUUCUACCGGCCCAGCCGUACCUGUUUGGAAUUCUUAUUCAGAAGUGGGAGACCCCGUGGGCUAAAGUGUUUCCAAUACGGCUCAUGCUGCGCUUAGGAGCAGAAUAUCGAUUAUAUCCAUGUCCGCUGUUCAGUGUCCGUUUCAGAAAACCUUUGUUUGGGGAGACCGGCCAUACCAUCAUUAAUGUUCUAGCGGAUUUCCGAAACUACCAGUACACCCUGCCUGUGGUCCAGGGCCUGGUGGUGGAUAUGGAAGUUCGAAAAACCAGCAUUAAAAUACCCAGCAAUCGAUACAAUGAGAUGAUGAAAGCCAUGAAUAAAUCCAAUGAGCAUGUUUUGGCAGGAGGCGCAUGUUUUAAUCAGAAAGCUGACUCUCAUCUGGUGUGCGUUCAGAACGAUGAUGGCAAUUACCAGACUCAGGCUAUCAGCAUUCACAAGCAGCCACGCAAAGUAACUGGUGCCAGCUUCUUCGUGUUUAGUGGAGCGCUCAAGACUUCAUCAGGAUACCUGGCCAAGUCUAGCAUUGUAGAAGAUGGGGUGAUGGUGCAGAUCACAGCAGAAAGCAUGGAUGCGUUGAGACAAGCACUGAGAGAAAUGAAAGACUUUGCGAUUAUAUGCGGGAAAGCAGAUGCCGAGGAGACACAGGAACAUGUCUACGUGCAAUGGGUGGAGGACGACAAGAACUUCAAUAAAGGAGUUUCCAGUCCUAUUGAUGGAAAAACAUUGGAGUCUGUAACAAGCGUCAAAAUUUUCCAUGGAUCGGAAUAUAAAGCCAAUGGGAAAAUCAUCCGCUGGACAGAGGUCUUCUACUUGGAUAAUGAAGAGCAGCAGAAUGGCCUGAGUGACCCUGCUGACCACAGCCGACUGACUGAAAACGUGGCCAAAUCUUUCUGCCUGGCUCUGUGUCCGCACCUCAAACUACUAAAGGAGGACGGAAUGACCAGACUGGGACUGCGCGUCACACUGGAUGCAGACCAGGUUGGCUAUCAGGCAGGAAGCAAUGGACAGCCCCUGCCUGCCCGAUACACCAAUGACUUGGACAGUGCCUUGGUGCCAGUGAUCCAUGGAGACAUGUGUCAGCUUAGCGAGGGACCUGUCACGAUGGAACUCAUCUUUUAUCUCCUCGAGAACAUCUCAUAGGAAAGACAUGGGCGUCUCUUCACUAACUGCCACUGAUCCGAUCAAUUGCACUUUAAUCACGGAGGAUUCAUCGUUCUUUUCUUUUUGCUAACACUAGUAUUAGGUCAGGGUGCACAGAGCGGUCACUGGAAACUCUUUUAAACCUUCUAUGCAUUGUCAGGGGCGAAGUCCGAGCUGAUGCCAGCAAAGUGUAUGCAGAGCCGCAAUCUUUCCUACUCACUGGCUCAAAAAUGGGCAGAAAGACCCUCAUUGUCAGCACGAAACAAAGAAUUACCCUAAAACAAAAUACAAUCAGGAAUCUCACUCUGACCUCAUUCAAACCAUUGCUGCAAUCUCCUGCUUGCCUUGUUUUGUUUGUUUUACUCAAGUUUACAUUGUGGAGACCAGCCUGAGCCUCCUAACCGGUUUGAUUUGCAACGCCCGCAAACGUGCAUGGCAUCACAGCCCAAUUAGCGCAGUUAGAGACUGGAGUAACAAAGUCCACUACCUUGCCCCAAAUGCAUGCUUCCCACCGCUGCCACUCGGGCUGGCUCCUCUCUCUUCAGGAGCAGCAAUAUUAUUUUUCUACAUUUUCUGAAGCGCACAAGAUUUGCAUUAACACGUCUGUCUCAUGGAAUCGUUGUGAGCUUAU